AUGCUUCUCUUCACUUUUCUUCUUCUCGCCUACGCGACCCUCACUGCAGCCGUGACUUGCAAUGUCCGGGGCCAGGUCCACAACUAUUUUGAUUGCUUCAACUGCCCUGCCCUCGCGUGUGGCUAUUCCAAGCGGACGUUCAUCACCGCAGGACUGACCCGGGACGUCAGUUGUCUGUGGACCGAUGGUGAGAAUUACAAGGGUAUCAACCAGCUGAUUUGGUUAAGCGACUGGUACUACGUCCCCAGCGAUAAGUGCUACAUCUGGGGUGGCCGGCUUGACACGAAGCACUGCAAGGGAAUCAAUAAAAUCCCCAAGUGUGAAACUUGCAACCCGAUUCCGGGUCCGCCUGUCCCUCUGCCUCAGCCGGUACUCCCGCCCGCAGCGGCAGCAGCAGCAGCAGCGGGGUCGAGCGGCGGUAGCCCGGGAGGUCGCCGGGACGUGGAGGUGGAGUUUGAGGCUUAG